AUCAGAGAUGGCUCGCCCUGACCUGGACUCGCUGCCUGGGCUGCCGGGGCCGCCGCCACCGCCACUGCUGUCGCUGCUGCUGCUGCUCCUGGCGCAGCUGGCGGGGCGGGGAGAGGCCUCCUCCAAGGCCCUAGUGUGCCAGGAAAUCACGGUGCCCAUGUGCAGGGGCAUCGGCUACAACCUGACGCACAUGCCCAACCAGUUCAACCACGACACCCAGGACGAGGCUGGGCUGGAAGUGCACCAAUUCUGGCCCCUGGUGGAAAUCCACUGCUCGCCAGACCUGCGCUUCUUCUUGUGCUCCAUGUACACGCCCAUCUGCCUGCCCGACUACCCCAAGCCCCUGCCUCCCUGCCGCUCGGUGUGCGAGCGAGCCAAGGCCGGCUGCUCCCCGCUCAUGCGCCAGUACGGCUUUGCCUGGCCGGAGCGCAUGAACUGCGACCGCCUCCCGGUGCUGGGGGACGCCGAGACCCUGUGCAUGGACUAUAACCGCAGCGAAGCCACUACGGCCCCCCCGCGGCCCUUCCCGGCCAAACCCACACUGCCCGCCCCGCGCAGCUCGGCGUCCUCUGGCGGGGAGUGCGGCGCCUGCAAGUGUCGGGAUCCUUUCGUGCCCAUCGUGAGGGAAACGCACCCGCUCUUCAACAAGGUGCGCACCGGCCGGGUACUGAACUGCGCGGUGCCCUGCUACCAGCCCACCUUCAGCCCGGACGAGCGCACCUUCGCCACUUUCUGGAUCAGCUUAUGGUCCGUGCUCUGCUUCGUCUCCACCUCCACCACGGUGGCCACUUUCCUCAUCGACAUGGAGCGCUUUCGCUACCCCGAGCGCCCGAUCAUCUUCCUGUCGGCGUGCUACCUCUUCGUGUCGUUGGGCUUCCUCGUGCGCCUUGUCAUGGGCCACGCCAGCGUGGCCUGCAACCGUGAGCAUAGCCACAUCCACUACGAGACCACCGGUCCGGCGCUCUGCACUGUGGUCUUCCUGCUUGUCUACUUCUUCGGCAUGGCCAGCUCCAUCUGGUGGGUCAUCCUCUCCUUCACCUGGUUCCUGGCGGCCGGCAUGAAGUGGGGCAACGAGGCCAUCGCGGGCUACUCGCAGUACUUCCACCUGGCAGCCUGGCUCAUCCCCAGCGUCAAGUCCAUCGCUGUGCUGGCCCUGAGCGCUGUGGACGGCGACCCCGUGGCCGGCAUCUGCUACGUGGGCAACCAGAACCUGGACUACCUGCGGGGCUUCGUGCUGGCCCCGCUUGUGGUCUACUUGCUCACGGGCACGCUGUUCCUGCUGGCGGGUUUCGUGUCCCUCUUCCGCAUCCGCAGCGUCAUCAAGCAGGGAGGCACCAAGACGGACAAGCUGGAGAAGCUGAUGAUCCGCAUCGGCCUUUUCACCGUGCUUUACACAGUGCCGGCCAGCAUCGUGGUGGCCUGCUACCUGUAUGAGCAGCAUUCCCGGGAAAGCUGGGAGCGGGCCAUCACCUGCCCGUGCCCCUCGGCGGAGCCCGGGCAGCCCCGGGCCAAGCCCGAGUACUGGGUGCUCAUGCUCAAGUACUUAAUGUGCCUGCUCGUGGGCAUCACCUCGGGGGUGUGGAUUUGGUCGGGGAAGACGGUGGAGUCCUGGAGGCGCUUCACCAGCCGCUGUUGCUGCCGCCCGCGGCGGGGCCACAAGUCGGGCGGGGCCACGGCCGCCCGGGACUACGCGGAGGCCAGCGCAGCCCUGACCGGCUGCAGGACCGGGGCCCCCUGCCCAGGUGCGCCCGCCUACCACAAGCAGGUGUCCCUGUCUCACGUGUAGCGCAGCCGGGCUGGCCACGCGAAGGCUGAAGGGCUGGGUGUUGGAGGCAUGGGAUUGCGGGAGGUCGGGGGAGUUGUUUAGAACAGCCGAUUUUGGUAGCUUUUUAACAGGUCAUUUGUUUUGACUUCAUGGUGCUGCUGCUGCUGCUGCUGCUUCACUUCGGAAUUUGGGAGGAGGGAGAAGAGACAAUUUUGAGGUGGAACACAAGAUAGAUAGUCCCGAGACUUCUGAAGGGACCUCGCUUUUUAAAUAUAAUUUUUAAAAAAUUUUCUCAUUUUCAAUCCUCUGUGGGUACAAGUUGCUUUUUGGCAAUGAACCCUACCUUGGCUUUGGGGAGGAGGGAGGGCUGGCUUUAAAUGCUGAGACUGGGCAUUAUAAUGAAGUUCAACUGUAUCCAUUUUUUAUGAACUUGUUUCUAGCCUGUUA